AGCUGCAGAAAGGAAAGAAAAUCCUGUGGUUCCAAAAAUGGCAUCCGGAGAAGCAAAGACAGACCCCAAGGACGUCUACCCGUGUGACAAGACGCUGCAACUGAUGGCAGAGGCAGAGGCGGAGACAGAGGGCGACGCAUACUGUACCCCUGGAGCUUUUGAGCUGGAGCGGCUCUUCUGGAAGGGCAGCCCCCAGUACACCCAUGUCAACGAGGUCUGGCCCAAGCUGUACAUUGGGGAUGAGGCGACGGCGCUGGACCGCUAUGGGCUCCAGAAGGCGGGCUUCACGCACGUGCUGAACGCGGCGCACGGUCGCUGGAACGUGGACACUGGCCCCGACUACUACCGAGACCUGCCCAUUGAGUACCACGGCGUGGAGGCCGACGAUCUGCCGACCUUCGACCUCAGCGUCUUCUUCUACUCGGCGGCCGCGUUCAUCGAGGCGGCGCUGCGCUCCGACUGCAAUAAGAUCCUGGUUCACUGUGCAAUGGGCCGCAGCCGCUCAGCGACGCUGGUCCUGGCCUACCUGAUGAUCCACAGGAACAUGACGCUGGUGGACGCCAUCCAGCAGGUGGCCAAGAACCGCUGCGUCCUCCCCAACCGGGGCUUCCUGAAGCAGCUCCGGGAGCUGGACCUGCAGCUGGUGCAGCAGAGGCGGCAGGCGCGGGGCGGCAGCGAGUAG